AUGUCGAUGAGUCCAAAGCACACGACUCCUUUCUCUGUGUCUGACAUCUUGAGUCCCCUGGAGGAAAGCUACAAGAAAGUGGGCAUGGAGGGGAGUAACCUCGGGGCUCCGCUAGCGGCAUACAGACAGAGCCAGGUAGCCCAGCCGGCUAUGCAGCAGCAUCCGAUGGGUCACAACGGGACCGUGACUGCCGCCUACCAUAUGACUGCCGCUGGGGUCCCCCAGCUCUCCCACACCGCUAUGGGGGGCUACUGCAACGGCAACCUCAGCAACAUGAGCGAGCUUCCUCCUUACCAGGAGACCAUGAGGAACAGCGCCUCGGCCACAGGCUGGUAUGGGGCCAACGCGGAUCCACGCUUCCCCUCCAUCUCCCGCUUCAUGGGCCCCACGAGCGGCAUGAACAUGAGCGGCAUGGGAGGCCUGGGCCCUCUGGGGGACGUGAGCAAGAACAUAGCCCCGCUGCAGAGCGCGCCGAGGCGAAAGCGCCGGGUCCUCUUCUCCCAGGCGCAGGUGUACGAACUGGAGCGGCGCUUCAAGCAGCAAAAGUACCUGUCGGCUCCUGAGAGAGAACACCUGGCCAGCAUGAUCCACCUUACGCCAACCCAAGUCAAAAUCUGGUUCCAAAACCACCGGUACAAGAUGAAGCGGCAGGCCAAGGACAAGGCCGCCCAGCAGCAGAUGCAACAGGACAGCGGCUCCUGCCAGCAACAGCAGCAGUCCCCGCGGAGGGUGGCGGUGCCCGUCUUGGUCAAGGAUGGCAAGCCAUGCCAGGCGGGCUCCAACGCCCCAAGCGCUGCUGGCCUCCAAGGCCACCAGCAGCAGGGGUCCGCGGCUGCGGCCAUCACUGUGUCCAGCAACGGCACUAGCCUGAGCCAGCACCCGAACCACCAGUCCAGCAGCGCUGGUCAGUCCCCGGAUCUGGCCCAGCACUCCCGCCAGUCCCUUCGUCCCUCCAAAGCCAAGUGUCCAGCUUGUCCCACCUGA